AUGAGACUCCUGUUCCUGACUUUUGCUAUUCUUGUGUUCCUACCACAAGUGAUCCCAGCCUAUGGUGGAAAAAAAUGCUGGCACAAAUCUGGAUACUGCAGGAAAACCUGCAAAGCUGACGAAGUGAUAAAAACAGCAUGUCAACAUUAUCAAGUCUGCUGUGUUCCAGCCCAGAAGUUUCCUAUCACUUCUCCCACACACAUAUAUAAUUUUCUAUUCGAUAUUACUGAUACAAUGGUAACAAGUCUUACCACACCUAGUUUUGAAAUAAGUACCAUGAAUAAAGAAAAUGAAAAGUUUGACUCAGAAUUGGAAACUUAG